AGUCUUCAGCGAAGGAAGCCAUGUUAUUGUAGUCAAACAGUGUAUUGCCUAUGAAACAGACUACGAUAAAAUGGCCGCCUUGUUAUGGGUCAUCAAGGAGACAAUUAGCAAUUUGUUCUCUUGUGCAGGGACGCUUCUUUCUUUACAGCAUGGUGGCAAAGCUGGACGGGACAGUAACUUAGACCACAAUCGCAGUCAUGACUCGCUCAAAGCAGAUUGGGAAUCACAAAAGUGACAAAAAGAAAAAUAUUUCAAAACUCUGGAAAACCAAAAGAAGAGUUAAAGACGUAGAUCAGAUUCAUGAAGAUCUUCGUCCAGAAAAUGCUCAUCGCUUACUAAAACAAGAAAUUGACUAUAGUCUUCCUGGCAAUGCACAGCAUUACUGUAUACACUGCGCGAGAUACUUUGUGGACCUGAAGACUUUGAAAGAGCAUUUUAAAACCAAAGUUCACAAGCGCAGAUUGAAGCAACUGAAAGAGGAGCCAUACACCCAGGAAGAAGCAGAGAGAGCAGCCGGGAUGGGCUCAUACAAAGCACCCAAGAAAAUUGAGGUCCAGACGCAGGAAGUGCCAAUGGAAUAGCACUUUUUGGCAGACUUUCCUUUUCUUAUUGAACUGUGUGCUUUGAUUCCCAGUGCAGCUCGUCCGAUCCUCCUCUCUUCUGGCUGUAAACCUAUAAUAGCUGCUCUCGUGUAUGGAUGCUGUCACCUAAACAACUGUGGUGUUAUACAUUGUGACUUGUAGGUUAGUAGUUAGUUACUGCGAAACUCAAAGGAGGAGAUUUAUUAAAACCUGUGCAGAGAAGUUGCCUAUAGCAACCAAUCAUAUUGCUGCUGUUACUUUUCAGAGACCUUUAAAAAAAAAAUAAAAAAAAAAAAAAAAAAAAGGAUCUGGUUGCUAUGGGCAGCUGCUCCACUUUUUCUCUGCACAGGUUUUGAUAGAUCUCCUCCCAAAGUGUCCAUAACAACAUUUGUUCAUUUUGCAAAUGAUAGUAAAAAUUUUCACUUCAA